AUGAACAACUUCCUAGCUGGUGUUGAUUGGAAUACUUCGCUUGCCUGUGACGAUGCUAACUCCGCAGCUUCGACGGCGUGUAAUUUUUUGCUUUACGCCAUUGACCAGUUUGUGCCUAAAAAACGCCACCGUAAACCAGCUAAUCCAAUCUGGUCCAAUUCAGUUUGGAAACACAUGAAGAAAAUAAAAAGAGCGUCCCUGAGGGAAUUCAGUAAACAUCAAACCGUUGCUGCGAAAGCUGAAUACUUACGCGCCAACGCCGCUUACAAGCGCCUCAAUGCCACUUUAUAUAAAAACUACCAGUGUGAUCUGCAGAAUCAUCUCAAAUCGAAACCCAGACAGUUCUGGAGCUAUGUAAACAAACAACGCAAAGAAUCUGGUUUGCCGUCUAACAUGACUAAUGGAACCAUUGAAGUGGACACUGUCGAAGAUAUUGCCGACUUGUUUCGCACCCAAUUCUGCAGUGUAUUCUCUGAGGAAAAUCUAAAUGCUCAGGAUGUCGCAAAUGCCACGAGUAGUAUAGAGACUAUGCGAUUAUUCGGCUCUUCGUUCACUAUUAAUAGAGACAUGGUGAUUGAAGCCGUGAAUCAAUUGAAAACGUCAAUAGGAUCUGGCCCUGACGGUAUUCCCUCGUUAAUCCUCAAACGAUGUUUGAAUUUUCUUGCUGCCCCUUUGGCCAUGGUUUUCAACCUAUCCUUAACGACGGGCGUUUUCCCCGAAUGCUGGAAAAAUUCAUUUAUCUUCCCCAUUCACAAAAAGGGAUGUAAGCGGACUGUCACUAACUAUCGUGGAAUUGCAUCGCUAAGUUCUGUCUUAAAGCUUUUUGAAAUAGUUAUUCUUGAAAAACUAACUCAUGACUGUUCGCACAUCAUUUCUCUGGACCAGCAUGGGUUUAUGCCGAAGCGCUCGACAACAACAAAUCUGAUUACUUUCACUUCGUUUAUUACUCGAGAAAUUCGACGCGGUCAUCAAGUAGACGCUAUUAAUACCGACCUCUCUGCUGCAUUCGACAAGGUAAACCACGAGAUUGCUUUGCCAAAUACGACAAAAUAG